AUGGCUGUGCGCCCUCCCCUCCCGUACUUUGCCCCAGAAGGGUCACUCCCGACACCGAGGCUGCCAACCGUGGCCGAGAUCCUCGCCUCGGAGACGUUUCUGGUGCGGUACGGGGCGGCCCCGAUUGUCCGUGUUGGCGACCACUACGUCGUCAAGUACGGCCGAAAGGUGAGCCUGCAGGAGGGCGAAAACAUGCUCUUUGUGCGGCAGUUCACUAGUGUGCCGGUUCCAACUGUUUACGCACUUUUCCAUGACAAGGAGACUGGCAACAACUUCAUCAUUCAGGAGUAUAUCCCUGGAACGAUGCUCGACCUGCUAUGGGAUAAACUUUCCUAUACUGAGAAGAUGAGGAUCACUUGGCAGCUUCGGCAAAACAUGGAGGAGUUACGCCGUAUCCCGUCCCCAGGCUACUAUGGAGGCAUCUGGGAACAACCAGCACCGUACUACUCCUUUCGUGGCUUGGAGUCUGCCUUUUCGGCGGCGCAGGAAACCGAGGAAUAUUGGGCCUACGGCUUGUGGCGGAGUCUGGACCUAAAGUUGAAGGGCAAUGCCAGGAGGAUCCUGCGCAGUCGCUGGUGUAAGUACCAAGCUAUUUUCAAGGGCCACGAGGCCGUCUUUACCCACGGGGGCCUUUACCCAGGGAACAUUAUGUUAAACGAAGAAACUGGGACCGUCGUCAUCAUCAACUGGGAGCUCUCAGGAUGGUACCCUUCGUUCUGGGAGUACUGCUGCGCUAUUAUACUGCUUCAAUACCGCCGGGACUGGGCUCUCUGGGUCCCGGUAAUUCUCGACAAGUAUGUCGAGGAACUGAAGUUGGUAAAAAGUCAUCGGAAGUUGAUGUUGAAGUCCUGAGAGGUAGAUCUGGGGGGGUUAACGCUGAGAUAUUUUCUUCCUUCCAGCUUUCUUUUAGUUCUCUUCUGUUUCAGACCAUCCAUCCAACCAGGAGCCCCUCGAUGCUUAUCCAACCGUGUGUGAUAGAUUGAUUUUCCCAAUACAAAUCGAAU